AUGGUCUAUGACAAUGUUGUGCGAGUUGAAAGUUUUAUUGAAACAAGCACAAGAAAAGCGAGUGCUCUCUUCAAGUUUAUGCAAAAACCGAAACAAGAGAGGUUAUGGAUGUCGGGGUUGGAAUAUCUACGAAACCCACAGUUUUGGGAAGACCUUCUACAAGAAGGUGUAUGGCUCAAUGAUCAACAUAUCGAUGAAGCCAUGUAUGACAUCCGGAAACGUGUACUCCAAACUGAACCGAACAGUAGCAAGUACCUUCUGUGUGAUGUGCAGUGUUGUGAAUGCUUCAAAUGGUGGAAAUUGGGGCAGAAAGAUCUCGGUCUUCUUGGACAAUACAUGAGUGGUGAAUUACCAAUUGACGGUGGUAAAAGAAAAUUGGACCAAUACAAAGGUUUUAUCAGUGUGUUGAACAUUCCGUCAUUGGUAGAUCCUUAUGUAAGUGUUCAUUGGGUCACUAUUAGAGUGGACUACAGGAACACGUCAAUUCAAGUGUAUGACUGCAAUCCGAGAAUGAAGGAGGCGACACUUAAAGUGAUUCAUCACUUAUGCAGAAGUAUCGAUGGCUAG